GGGUUUCGUUAAGAAUAGCCUACAAGCGCUUUGAGAGGAGACAGGCAACAGUUCGGACAGCAGACCUCACCGUGUCUCCAGCAGACCACAUCGCUCCCCACUGUCUCCAUUCACGGCAUUUACUGGAACCGAGCUUGAUUUAAAGCUAACGAAGCUGACUUUACAUAGGAAGAACACGACUUGCUCCUCUUGCAGUUGAAUGGAAAUAAAAGAGAUUCUGUGACCUUGGAAGAUGAAGAUGUUGUUGCCAUGGGAACUCUUAAUCCUGCUGUCACUCAAGAGCUGCCUAGCAGAGAGAAUUAUUCGACAUGGUCCAGUGUUCACCCAAGAGCCCAGUGACAGUGUUUUCCCUUUAAGCGCAGAGGACAAUAAGAUAUUCAUUAACUGCAAAGCCAAGGGAAGUCCAGCACCACAUUACAAGUGGAGAUUCAACGGGAAAGAUCUUGAUAUUGACAUGGACUUCAACUACAGCCUUGUUGAGGGAAACCUUUUGAUCAAUAACCCUCAGGCAACUAAGCAUGGCGGUGUUUACCAGUGUAUUGCCACUAAUGCAUUCGGAACCAUCCUGAGCCGAGAGGCUAAAGUGGAGUUUGCAUACCUGCAGAAUUUCAGCAGCAAGGCCAGAAGUCCAGUAUUAGUGAGAGAAGGACAGGCUGUUGUGCUCCUGUGCGGUCCACCGCCCCACUUCGGAGAAAUUAGAUACUCCUGGAUUUUUAAUGGCCGCCCCAGCAUUGUUGUUGGGGACAACCGACGAUUUGUGUCUCAGAGGACUGGAAACUUAUAUAUUGCAAAAGUUGAGACGUCAGACGUGGGCAACUACACUUGCGUGGUAAAGAACGUGAUGACCAACACGACCGUCUACAGUUCCCCAACUCCAGUGGUGCUACGUCGGGACGCUGUGAUGGGGGAGUAUGAGCCAAAGAUUGAAGUCCAAUUUGAAAAAAUGCUCCACGUUUCCAAAGGAUCAUCAGUUCGACUGGAGUGUUUCGCUUUAGGAAAUCCAGUGCCUUCUAUUUCCUGGAAGAGAGCGGAUGGAAGCCCCUUCCCAGGAAAAAUGAAGAUAAAUCACUCGAAUGGUGUCCUGGAGAUCCCAUAUUUCCGUCCAGAGGAUUCUGGGCUUUAUGAAUGCGUGGCCGAAAACUCCAAAGGACGAAGUAUUGCAAAAGGACGUCUUGUAUUUCAAAAUGUGGAACACCUGCAGUGGUCGCAGACUCUGUAUGACGCAAACAUGGCUAUCGAGUCUGAUCUUCACUGGGAGUGCAAGGCUAAUGGAAAACCUCAACCUGUUUACCGAUGGCUCAAGAAUGGGCAGCCUUUGGUUUCUCAGGACAGAAUUCAUGUUGAUGGUGGCGGGUUAACCAUCUCCAGCAUAAACCUGAUGGAUUCUGGGAUGUAUCAGUGUUUGGCAGAGAAUGAUAACGGAGUUAUAUAUGCAAGUGCUGAGCUCAAAGUCGUGGCCUCUCCUCCAGACUUCUCAAAAAACCCAGUGAAGAAGACCACUCUGAUCCAGAGAGGCGGGGAAGCUAUCAUCGAAUGCCGGCCGCACGCAUCCCCCAGAGCUUCGUACUCUUGGAGGAGAGGCAACGAGUUCCUGAAAGACAGCAAGAGACGGACCCUCUCAGAGGACGGCACCCUCAGGAUCGCCAAUGUUACCAAAUCUGACGCAGGGAGGUACACUUGUGUUGCCAGAAACCCCUUUGGUACAUCCAGCAGUUCUGGGACUUUAGUGGUCAAAGAACCGACCAAGAUUACAGUCCCUCCUUUGAGUAUGGAUGCCACAGUGGGGGAGAGCAUUGUCUUGCCGUGUGAAGUAUCUAAAGACUCCACUCUACACCCCAUCUUCAAGUGGUUCUUCAACGGCAAGCUCAUCGAUUUCACUCGACACGAUCACUUCGGGAUGAUUGGAGGGGGCUCUUCUGGGGAUCUUAUGAUCAGGAACGUGCAGCUGAAGCAUGCUGGGAAGUACGUCUGUAUGGUGCAUACAGCAGUGGACAGUGUGUCUGCAGCUGCCGACUUAAUUGUCCGAGGGCCCCCUGGUGCUCCGGUGGGCGUGUUGGUGGGGGACGUCACAGACAGGACUGCUCAGCUCUCGUGGGGCCCUGGACUUGACAACCACAGUCCUGUUACCCUCUACAUCGUGCAAGCCAGGACCCCUUUCUCUAUUGGCUGGCAGGCAGUCAAAACUGUUCCUGAUUCUGUGCCUGGACAGAUGAUUCAUGCGACGGCGGUGAAUCUAAAUCCAUGGGUAGAUUAUGAAUUUAGAGUUGUGGCUAUCAACAACGUGGGGGUGGGGGAACCCAGCGUGCCAUCCAAACCCGUUCGCACCAAAGCUGCAGAUCCUGAAGUCGCCCCAGCUAACGUGAGCGGAGGUGGAGGAAGCCGAGGCGAACUUGUGAUUGUUUGGGAGCCUGUGCCGGAGGAGCUACAAAAUGGAGAAAAGUUUGGCUAUGUGGUGGCAUUUCGUCCACUUGGCACAACAACAUGGAAACAAAGCGUUUUGGCCUCGGCAGAUGCAUCACGAUACAUUUAUAAAAAUGAUACUUUUCCCCCGCUCACUCGGUUUGAAGUAAAAGUCGGCGUCUACAACGAGAUCGGAGAGGGACCGUUUAGCCCCGUGGUCAUUGUAUAUUCAGCAGAUGAAGAGCCCUCGGUAGCUCCUCCCAGAAUCUGGGCCCGCACUCUUUCCGCAUCUGAGAUCGAGGUAUUCUGGGAACCUGCUCACCAAAGCGGCAGCAAAGGACGGAUAACGGGCUACGAGGUGCAGUGGUUGGAGGAUGGGUCACCUGAAAGCGAUGCAGAAAGAGUAAGGGUUACAGAAACUUCAGUCAACAUCACGGGUCUAAAGGGAAGCACGCUUUAUCUGAUGUCAGUCAGAGCACACAACAGCGCAGGCACCGGACCCUCCAGCGCUCCCAUCAGCAUCACCACCAAGAAGCCACCUCCAAGUCAACCCCCAGGGAACAUUGAGUGGAACCUGACAAACUCUAAGGUCUUUCUGAACUGGGAACAUGUGAAGGCAAUGGACAAUGAAUCAGAAGUAACCGGCUACAAGGUUGUGUAUCGCCAAAACUGGCACAGAGGAAGCAGCGUAGUCGAGACCAACAGGACGUCCGUGGAGCUCCAGUUGCCGUCAGAAGAGGACCUGCUCGUUCAGAUCAAAGCCCUGAGUGACGGAGGAGACGGCAGCAGCAGCAGCCCCAUACGUAUUCCAAAGAUGUCAAGCCUGAACUCAAGAGGAUACUUCAGUUCAGACGCAAGCAAGAUGGCCCGUGUUCACGGAGUAGUGUUUCUGAUCUUGUCGUGGUUGUUUUCAUAGAACUUUGCCUUUGUUUAAAGCUGAAGUGUGUCAUUUUCCGUGCCACUGGCGUCACCAAUACAGAAAUCAAGGUAAAAAGGCUCAUUUAGAAUCGGUCGCGUACACACUUCAGCUCUAACACUUUUUUAAAUUACGUUUGGGUAGAUAGUGUUACAUUUUAAUUUCCUUUUUUUUAAUUGAAAAAAGUUACAAAUUGGUGACUCAGCUCCAUUGCCUUAUAUUGUGAUGGUUUUUUUUACCUCUUUGUCAAACUAUUCGUCUUUUGUAUGUAGAUUUUAUGCAAAAAAAGCAGGCUUUCUCUUGUAGCUAAUAAUUUUGCUUAGGUGUUCAGAACUGAGAUUCAAAUUGAGCACAGUAUUAAGUCCUGUAAUGCAGUAGUGACCUGGAAUGUUGGAUCUUUAAGAGAAAUCCUUGAAUUCUGAAUUAUACUUAUGGUGUUUUUCCUUCUACACGCGUCAGUCAAGUCAGCGACGCUGUGUUUGUGUAUGUAAAAAGGCCUUUAGAUAGAUGAAAUGCAUUAUGUUGUUUUGCAUAAGCCCUGAGAGAUAUUAUUGUUUUGACAAAUAGCGACAGUUUCUGGAUAAUUACACAGAUUCCUUGCUUCUAGUUAAUAUGAAUUAUUGUUUGGACAAUUACGGAAGUUUAUCAUCUGAUGAUUUCUUAAGAAGCCUGUUUUUUGUUCCUUUAAAUUCAACCCAUAAUUCAUCGGUUCAAUUAUGAUUUUUUUUCUGUCAUUCACACUAUUCUAUGGGAGAUGACGUUUUCCUUCCUGAUAUCUUUUAAAGAUUCUUCAUUUUUGUUCCGGUGACGAUAUUUCUCGCAAACGUCUGCGCAGUUUAUACGCUUAAAGAUGAGACCAAAACGUGUCAUAAGAACUCAGCUUAAACAGAUAUUCCCGCAGUUGGCUUCAUGUUUUUCUAAACAUCACAAUUCAUACAUCUAAAAGAAAUGCUUUAUUAUUCUCUAUUUUUUAUAAACAUUUUUAUUUAUUAUCAUUUUUAUUUUAUUUUUUUUUUUUUUUAUAUUCGUAUUUAUCCUUUUCAUCAUGAACAUUUUAUGUGGAAAUAGUAACUCGCCUGAUAGUAUCCAUAUUUUUGCCUUAUUUAGAAAUUUUGCAUUUUAUAAAUGUAACAUAUUCGUGUGGUGUUUUCUUUUGCUGUUAUGUAAGCAUUUUGACCUAUUUAAUACCUUUGUAUUAACCCUGUACAAUCUCUGAGAGAUAAAAUAAAUAAAAUUUCAUAUUGAAAUA